AUGAGCCUCGGACUUGUUGAUGUAUACGGAGAGGAGCAAAAUGCAGAGAGGUCAACAUAUUCUGGAGACAUCCCAAACGCAAUACAGCAUCAUGAGAAGGCGAUUUCAGAAUUGAAUAUGAUAAUUGAGAAAAUCAUCCAAAAAAAGCAACACGAGAAUGAUGAAUUUGGUGUAAUCGACUCAUUAGUUGUCAUGAGAAAGCAAAUAGAAUCAAGAAUCGAUCAGCUACGCAAAAUUAAGCCAAACUCUUCGUCUUUGGAUGGAAAUACCAUAGUUAAGAAUAAAGAGGCUGUGGAAUCAAUUCCAUUAUUGAAUUCAGCACUCGCAGAUAUUCAGGUAUCAUUAUUAAAAAAUCUGAACAUACGAUUAAAAGAUCAUAAUAGUAGUAAAAAGAUCCCAUUUGUUAACAACUUUGAAAUAAACAAAAUAGAACACGAAUUACAACUAUUAAAUUUUAAAAGCUCACAUAAUAUAAAUCACCGCAAUGAGUUACUAACAAAGUUAAAUAUGCUAUACUAUGGUGAAAUGAUGAAUCAACGUGAAUUCAUCAAGGAUGUAGUUGACAUUGUUAAACUAUGCGAAUCACGAGCUAGUAUAGACAAAGAUUGGAAAAAAAUUGACCAAAUCACUGAUGAUCGUCUGCUUGGUAUUGUCAAUGAAUUACAAGAACGUAUAAACCGUUUGGAAAGAGAAAAGUUACAUAUGGAACAUGAAAUAAUUACAUUAAAAGAGAAACUAAAUCGUAAUAUAUGA